GCAGCCAGUCCAAAGGCCAGAUGUGGCGGCGGCUCUAGUCGCACGCGUGCGAGAGAGACGAUCCAGACACACGAAACGGCACGGAACGAUAUACGAUAUACGAAACGAGGCGCGUACAGGCUCGCGGGUACACGAAAAAAAAUUUAGAAAAACACGGCAUUCGUCCACAGACGUCCACGAACCGGAAGAGACGCGCGCACCGAUCGGCAGAGCCCAGAUCUUAUGGUUUCGCAGAGCGAUCGCCUGGCGAGUCUGCGAGAGUUCGUGCUCGAAUUUUCUCGGCGAGAGGAUUAACGAGAGAGAGAAAAAGAAACCGAGAAAAGGAGAGAGAGAAAGAGAAAAAGAACCAGGGGUUGGUAAACGGUUCCCUGUCGAGAGGAAGAACCCGCGCACCCUUUGGUGGCUCGCGCACCCUGGUUCGCAUCGAGUCCUCCCGAGAAUAGUCGCACGAAGCCGAGAUUCGAGGUGAUCGAGUGGUUUGUUGUGGAAUACGUGCAGCUCCGAACCAUCAGCCCCCGCGGGAGUGGUGGUUCGAAGGGGUAUUCGUCGAACAGUGACGCUCCUAGGCCUGUCCCCUAGAGCAGAGCUAGAGGAGAGGAGAGAGAGAGAGAGAGACCUCCGAGGUCCUCGCAGUGCAUCGAUCAUUGUCACGGAGUGAGACACCCCCGGAACAUGUCCGGAAUCCGGAUCAACGUGGAGGAGGCCUCAAACGACGGUCGCGAGGACUUCGUUCGAGACAUCGAGGCGACGGCGGCUACGACGGCGGUAGCGGGCAGCCCGCUUUCCUGGCACAUCCCAAGGCCGUCCUUGGUCGGCCGAAGCGAGAGGGACAGUGAGAAUGGUAGCUGGGCUCAUCAUCUGCACCCGAACUCGCCUUCCAGGGGAUCCACCUCGUCCCAGGGAUCCACCGCCAGCACACACAGCGCCGCGUCGGGCACGUUGCUAUUGACAGCCGCGAAUCUGGCUAAUCUCGCGGCUAUUCAUCCGCCCACGGUGACGGCGCCAAAACAGACGGACACCGCCUCUGUGGCCAGCAGCACUCACUUCACGGUUGUGAACGGUCUAGGCAGACCGACCACCGUCUACAGGAAGUCCUGCUGCGCGAGGAACCAGCUCACCGUGCUCGUCUGCACGAUGAGCUUCCUAUUCAUGGUUGGCCUGCUUCUCGGUAUCCUCUUCAUGGAGAUGAGAGUUCGGGACAAGUACCACUAGGCCGUAGCCAAGGAUAGGAGUCGGGCGACCAUUGGUGUCCUGGGAGCCUAGGCGCGAGGCGGAAGAACGUGGACAACGAAGACAAGGGUGGGCCGUGAUCGCGAAGAGACGCGGAUGAACUGAGACACCGAAACGUCCCCGAUCACGAGCGACCGGGUUGCUUGUAUUCACGCUGUACAUGUAUAUUCUGACCAGUUAGACCGUUAGGGUAGAGCUCACAAUUAGAGAUAACGUAUCAAAGGCUGUAUUGCACCGUGACCGGCGUGCGGUACGUGAAAACUCAGUAAUUACAUUGAUGUAAUGAACGUAGUUUUAGAAAGCGGAUCGCUCGGACGCGAACCUAUCCCGUUUGGGGCGCUCGAGCUUUCCUCGCGGAGGUCCACGAGGACCCCCGACCUUCGACGAGUAUUGUAGAACCUUCGUUUCUCUAUGUUUCUUCUGUUUUUCUCUUUUCUAUGACGGCGAUUCGACGCCUGCGUAGGCUGUAGCUUUUUUCGUUUUCGUUCGGACCGGUUCUCCCUGGUCUCGCGAACGAUCCUCGGGAUCGUGGACAGAGCUUGAAGCGCGACCGUAGCGAAUCGAUAGUCUCUAGCUUCCCGUCUCGUUUCCUUCAAUUUUCAAAUUCACUUUCCAGGUUUCGAGGAAACAUCGUAGAAAUAUCGUACAGAAAAUUGACAUCUUAAAUUUGACGUUAAAAGCACCUUUCCAUCGACUCCUUUUAAAAUCAAGUAAAAUCCUCGAUUUUGAUGAUUGAUAUUUAACACUGAAACUACCAAAAAAUUCGUCAAAAUGACUGGUUUGCGAUAUUUUUCUUUUACAAUUCCUAUAUGAUAAUAUAAAAGUGUUUUUGUCAGAAAU